AUGCCAGCCUCGUUUGGUGUACCUAUGCGAUUCGUUGGACAUCUCAUAUCUCAGCAGGUGCAGACGAAAAAUGCAAAUGUCCUGCCAUUCUCAUCUUUGGUGUUUCGACCAUUGGUAUUUGGUUCUGGUAACAACUACCUCACAAUAGCGGCCAAGGGGAGCUUCUCAAAUGGAAAACUUGCUACUGACUGCAUAGCCCCUGAUCUGGUCAUCAAGGAGACUGCCACCAUUCUUGGAUUCAAAUUUAUCAAGCAAAUUCAGCAUUUUGAUGUUGGAGAGCUAAUUGUUAAGAUAAGCCAGAAUUCCAGUUUCUUAUACGAACUGUACAGCAUGGGAUGCCGAAGGAUUGUUGAAACAGGUCUUCCUCCAAUUGGGUGCUUGCCGAUUCAAACAACGGCAAAGUUUACGGAUCCUCUUGAUCAUAGAUGUUUGGGAGAUCGAAAUGCAGAUGCUCAAUCCUACAAUUACAAGCUUCAGAAGCUACUCCCCCAAAUUCAGAAAAUCCUUCCAGGGAGCCUAUUUGUCUAUGCAGAGAUUUAUGACUCGCUUUUUCUUAUUGAUAUGAUCAAAUAA